CGCACUAAAUGCAAAAUUUAAAGUCUUGACAAUAAGCAUAGACAUUGGAUGAAUUAUAAGCACUCAAAUUCACUAAGAUGGGUUCAGAUAACCUAUCAAAGUGUUGAAUUUGCACAAUCAUUCACUAUACCAUAAUUCGCUCCGUUGAGCAUUUUUUUGCUCUUCCCUAUAGUGUGAUGCAUCACAUCUUGUCUGCGUAAUUUCAUCUCCAUAGCAUAACUAUAUUUCAUUAUGAUGAAAAAUAUUUUAAAGAUAUUCUUAAUUUUUUUUUUAUUUUAUGAGAAAAUCUACUAUUAUAGUGAUAUAUUAAUAUAAUAAAUAUUUUAUGUAAUAUCUUUUAUAAAAAGAAAUAUACAGACGCUUUCUAAUGCUUUAACCCUAGAAAAUAAUAAGAAGAAAAUUAGAGCAACAGAUGGAGGUGGAACACAGAGGAAAGAGAAGGUGCUGUUUGUGAAUUUGAAACCCCUAUGCAGUGAGGAAAGAGGCUGAGUAGAGAAAUGGCAAAAGAAAGAGGCAUGACGCGUUCAAGUUCAGCAGCGUGGAUUCUGAUCAUCCACCUUUUGUCUAUGGGAGUGGUCUCCCGAUCUUCACAUCACUCGCAAGGGCACCAAACGAUUGGGAGAUCUGAAUCACCAAACGACGCUGUUGGGAGGAGAGUUCUGCUGAGUUUCAGAGAAACCCCAAAGGGCAGUAACGCCACUUUCGAUUGCUCUAUCUCGGGUCCCUGCGUUCCUUGCCAAUACUCCGAAAAGAAUGAUGUAAAAUAUCGCUGCAGUGAAACUGGCUACCGUAUUCCUCUGAAAUGUGUAGAAAUUGAAGAUGGUUCAAAGAAAGGAAAGAGCCAAAAAUCACCAAAUAGUCGAUCUGCCCUAGAAAACAGUUACAAGAAAAUAAAACCACAUGUAAUGCAAAAUGAAGCAGAAAAACUCUAUGCUUCAAUAAGACAUAGAAGUUUAUUGGAGGAUUCAUCCACAUUAGAAGAUGGUCUGAAGGCAUAUAUUACAUACAGGAGCUGUAUACCACCUGUAAAUGAAGAGAAGUUGUCGGUACUUGGCUUUGAGGGUUUUAUGGUGUGCUUAUUGCUGGUUAGUGGUUCAGCUGUAUACUUCAGACGCAAGCGGAGUGUUGCAGUGCCCGGGGCUGGGCCUGUGAGAAUCCCCACCAGUUCUAGAUUUUAAAUACAGCAGGCUGUGAUUGGUAUUUUCAAGUCCUACUCCUUCCAUGGAGAUGAUUCUUGAAGGAUUAUCUUAACUCUUGAAACAUUGAAUUUGUAGGGUAAAAUCAAUAACCAAAUUGUCAAUCGCUGUUUUCUGGCUCUCAUGUAGUGGCAAAUUGUCAUGUAUUUUGUAUUUGUACUUAAAUUAUAGGAAGUUUCCAAGAUUUUGUCCA